UCACUAUAUUUAUAUUUUGCAGCUAAAACUAGACAUGGGAACAACACAAGAACUCAAUGGCAAGGCCUUAAAUUCAAAAUUGGGAUUGCUUGAACAUGGCAAUGGAGUCUCAGGACCUCCAAAGGUCCUAUCCCUUCUUUCUUCAGUUCUUGAAAGAACCAUUCAGAAGAAUGAAAGGUCACUCAAGGCAUCAACAAAGAAAGAUGUGGUCACCAUCUUUCAUGGCUCAAGAGCACCUGCCAUGACCAUUAGACAGUACGCCGACCGCAUCUUCAAGUACUCAACCUGCAGCCCCUCAUGCUUUGUUGUUGCAUACAUAUAUAUGGAUAGAUUCCUUCAAACGACGAAUGCUCAUCUCACUUCUCUCAAUCUUCAUCGCCUUCUAAUCACCGGUGUUAUGUUAGCUGCUAAAUUUCUUGAUGAUGAGGGUUACAACAAUGCCCAUUUUGCCAAAGUGGGAGGAAUAAGCACUAAAGAGAUAAACGAGUUAGAAAUGAAGUUCCUGUUUAGUAUAGAUUUCAGACUACAUGUAACUCUGGAGACUUUCAAUAAGUACUGUUUGGAGCUAGAGGAAGAAGCUACUGCAAAGAGCCGGAUUGGUGGAUCAAUUCCGGUUUCUGGAUCGAGACAUGGCCGGCAAAACAAUGACAAAUUCAAACGUGCACCAACCAUUGAAGGGCAGAGUUGUACAACCGUUUGAAUAUAUAUGCUCAAUGUGAUCCAAACAGAUCAUAAUAGGAAUAAAUAGUAUAUAUAGUCAUGUACAACAGAUUAUGACUUGGUUAAUUUGAUGAGAAGAAGGAGCAAACACCUACCCUUUUUCUGCCCAUAUCGAAUUUCUGUAAGUAAUUUGUAAUUUACCUUGUCACUGUCAUUCAAAUCAUUAAAUAAGAGUACUAAAUUUAAGUUGUAGAAAAUUAUAUAAA